CGUGUCAGUUCCAUCACACCCUCUCUCUCUCUCUCUCUCUCUCUCACUGAUAUUGAAGAAGAAAGAAAGCUCUGCCAUUCUGAUUCCAGGCUACACGAAAACCCCAAGCGACCAUCCCUCUCUGUGUAAUUCUCUCUCCUUUUUAACAGAGAGAUUCUUUGCUUCUCUCUGUAAACGGAGCGCAUAAGGAAGAACGGGCCACCUGAACCGAUAAAAAAAGCCGAAAUUGGCGCCUGAAAGUUCGAUCCAUUCAUUCACUCGCUGCUUUUAACUAAUCCUUCUCACUCGUUUAACCACGCACAUUGGAAGAUUUGGUGAUAUUGGUUGGGAGGGGGGAUAUGACAACCGGUGGUGAUAAGCCGUUUAUCUCUGUACAUCCAGAUGACCUCAAGUUCAUUUUUGAGCUGGAAAAGCAAAGCUUUUGCGAUCUUAAAGUUGCGAACAACACAGAGCACCAUGUUGCUUUUAAGGUUAAAACCACUUCACCUAAGAAGUACUUUGUGAGGCCCAACACUGGUGUCAUACAGCCUUGGGACUCUUUUGUCAUUAAAGUUACUCUUCAGGCUCAGCGAGAAUAUCCUCCAGGUAUGCAAUGCAAGGAUAAGUUUCUCUUACAGAGUACCAUUGUGCAUCCACAUGCUAAUGUUGAUGAGCUCCCACCAGAUACUUUUAAUAAGGAUAGUGAUGGCAAGGUGAUACAGGAGAUGAAGCUUAGAGUUGUAUACAUGCCCACCUCUUCAACUCAAGGAAACUUGGAAGAUGAAGUGUUGUUGAAGGGCUCCAAAACAAGUCCUGAUGCUACCUCUGCUGUACAGCUCCUGGAGGAUGAAAGGGAUGCAGCUGUUCGACAAACCCAGCUACUGCAGCAGGAACUGGAUUUGCUGAGGAGACGAAGAUAUCGAAAGACUGACCCAGGCUUCUCCCUCAUGCUUGCGUUCGUGGUUGGACUUGUUGGUAUUAUGAUCGGCUUCCUCUUGAACCUUUCAUUGUCAUCACCGUCUGCAGAAUGACCUGACACUGCCAAGGACCUUAGGAGAGAAUUUUUUCUGUCUAUUUUACUAUAUAAUCUCGAGGAUUCUGUUGGAUGGAAAGGACAUCGAUAUAUUUCCUCCACACACACACAUAUAUUUGUUGUUGCGUCAGCUGGCCAAGUAUAUUUUCGUUUCAUUGAUAUGUCACUGUUAGUGUGACUUGAUAAAUAUUCUGUUGUAGUUUAUGAAAUCUUUCUUCGCUUGGUUUUGAAA